AGCUGUUGAACUGUGAACACUUCUCUUAUUUAUAUACAGUCUGUGGUCUGACCGUUGAUGAACCUUUAUCCAAUGAAAGGUAAGCCCCUCCUCUUCUUAACGCUGAUUGGCCCAGACAGUAGCUCGUUUUUCCAGUAUCCAAUAGCAGGUCCAGCUCGCAUCACGUGGUUCUUUAGCAGCCGGAAAACCGGCAGUUAGCUUCAAAACAAUCCGAAAAAAAUCUUAAUUUUCUUUUUAUAUUUUCUUACUUUUACAUGUUUUAACAAUAUCUUUUUCCAACAUGUUUCAGGCUCUGAAAGGCGUCAGACACAUGUCUAGUGUUGUGAAACAAGCAGUUUCAGAGCUUUCUGUCCAGGUCCCAUGGGGAGAGAUCAGAGGGAAAGUCUGGGGUCCAGAUCACGGUCGUCCUGUGCUGUGCCUGCACGGCUGGGCCGACAACUGCGGCACGUUUAACACCCUCAUUCCCCUUCUACCCAAAGAGUGCAGAUAUGUGGCGGUGGACCUGGCGGGUCACGGUCUGUCGUCACAUCGUCCUGCUGGAGAGUUCUACGCCUUCCCUUCUUAUGUGAUGGACGUGCGCAGAGUUGUCGAUGCGCUGCAGUGGAGCAAGUUCUCCAUCAUAGGCCACAGUAUGGGUGGUAACGUUGCUGGAAUGUUCAGUGCGCUUUAUCCUGAGAUGGUGGAUGCUCUCGUACUGCUGGACUCAUUUGGAUUCUUGCCAACAGAUCCGAAAGGAAUGAUUAAAGCAGUGAGGCAGGGGAUGGAUCAGAUGAUUCAGUUUGAUAAAAAGACCGAAGAGGAGAAGAGAAGAGUUUACACUUACGAACAUGCAGUAAAGAGGCUGACGGCUGCAAACCCUACUCUGUCAGAACAAUCUCUGCAGAUCCUUUUAGAGCGAGGUUUAGUUCAGGUUGAAGGAGGUGUGGAGUUUACCCGAGACUUCCGCAUUAAUCUGAAAAAUAUUGUGCGCAUCAGUUUUGAGCAGAGUCUAGAAUUUCAGUCAAGGAUUCAAGCCGCAGUUCUAGUUAUUCUCGCAGAGGACGGCUUUGAGAAAAUGUAUAUUACAGAAGACCAAAGUGGAACUGCAUCAGCAAUCCUGCAGGCCUAUAGGGACAGAAAUCACACUGUGGUGACAGUACCCGGAGAUCAUCACGUCCAUCUGAAUGAUCCUCAGGUCGUCGCUCCACUUGUGUCUGACUUCCUGCAGGACAAAAUGUUGUCUCACUCAGUCAGACAAACAGAUAAACAGACCUCAAAGUUAUAGCAAACACACACAUGCACACCAGUUUCGCCUUAAGUUAUAUGACACUGCAACUUUUCAAAAUGUGUUGAAUAUUCAUACUCAACUUUAACUAGCUAUUCUAGCAUGAGCUAAUGUUACUUUUGGUGGAGGAACUAAAUUAUUUUAUGCAUUUUAGUCAACAUUGUUGUCAGUGGCAUUGUGGGUAAUUGCCGCUCAGUAGCGUCUCAGAAAGUAUCUAUCCAAGGCAGGUACUUUCUGAGCCGCUACCUGAGCCGCUAACCGGUGAAUUUGGGUGGAUCCUUAGUGAAAAAAACUGAAAAAUGCCAAGUUGUGUUUUUGCACUUGUUUUUAAUCUAAUGAAUGCAUAAUUGUAGCAACUAUAAUUACAGGUGUAUUCACCGAUCAACAACAGCACGAGUUCCUGAGGUAAACCUGUACAUCACUGCAGCAGAAAUAAAAAGAUGAAAUGGUGGAAGUCAGCAAAGACAAGAUUUUUGGGAGGUGUUCACUUACUCUUAAAGGACAAAAUUUAGUUUCAAAUAAAAUACAUUUGACCCAAAGCACUUAACUCCUAGUCCACUAAUUAGAUUUCUACAGCCAUAAUCAAGACAGUGUGAAGACAAUGAGACAUUUUGCCCUCCUCAUGCAUGUAAAUAAUGAGGACAGAAAAUGAGGAAGACCACCUAAUAUAUUGUAGUCAAAUGGACUCGUCUCUCGGCUCGGUGUCUUCCUGCUGCCCUCGGUAUUAGCAGGCAGUAGUAAUAUCACCUUGUAGCUGCUGCCUUUGAGGAUUGUUUGAAAUGCCCUGUGGCA